CAAACCUCACUGAUGACGUAUGGGGUCGGUGGGUUUUGUGCGCCAAGGUGCAGAUGUUAGCAGUUUGAAUAGAGGGAAGAAUAAGGUGGUGGAGGUCUGCUUUUCAAGACGAAGCACUUGACGUGGUAUUAAAGGCAGCACUUCUGAUAAAAUGGCGAGUUCUGGAGAUAUCCAAGUGAAAGAGCUGAAUAAGCGUGCAUCGGGUCAAGCGUUUGAGGUCAUCCUAAGCCCCUCGACCCCAGACGCUAAGGUGGAUUUUCUGUUGUCCCCAUUGAAGAAAAAGGAAACCUCACUGGAUGAGAUUAAGAGGAAACUGGAUGCUGCUGAAGAAAGACGCAGGAGCCACGAAGCUGAAGUGCUGAAACAUCUCGCCGAGAAGCGAGAGCACGAGAAGGAGGUCAUCCAGAAGGCCAUUGAGGAAAGCUGCAACUUUAGCAAGCAGGCCCAGGAGAAACUGAAUCAGAAGAUGGAGGCGAACAAAGAGAACCGCACUGCCAGGUUGGCAGCCCUCAAUGAGAAGUUUAAGGAGAAGGACAAGAAGCUUGAAGAAGUGAGAAAGAACAAGGAGGCAAUGAAAGAGCGAGAGAAUUAAUCCCCUUUCGAUCUCUAACGCAGUUUUCACACCUCCAAAGAUAAGCUGUAUUUUCAUGACUGACGUUUAAAUGCAGUUUUGUGCUCUUUUUUUGUUCGGAUUAUGCUGUUCUGAUUAAGUUGGUUAGAUUGAGUCAGGAUGCAGUCUGGCUUUCUUGCUGUAGAUUUCACUUUGGCAGCUGGUUAUAUUACCUUCUUUAAAGAAGCAUUUGCUGGUAAUAAAUUGGUCCUUCUACUUCUUAAUGUUAAUACAUCACAUGCUGUUGUAAACUCUUGCUGGCAAUGCUGGAUGUUAUUGUUGACUGUCCAGUACAGUCCCAUUGUUACACCAUUAAAGUUUUUAUCCUUUUUCAA